AUAAGAGGUCAGGGACCUCUUGAAGCAAAGACCAGGAGAGAAGGAGCUGGACAGAGCUAUGGGGGUCCCGGGCCCUGCCACCCUGCUGCUCACCCUCCUGGGCAUGUCCUGGGCUGUCCAGGCGGCAGAAACCUGUCCAGAGGUGAAGGUGGUGGGCGUGGAGGGCUCUGACAAGCUCACCAUUCUCCGAGGCUGCCCGGGGCUGCCGGGGUCCCCAGGGCCAAAGGGAGAGGCAGGCGCCAAUGGACAGAGAGGAGAACCUGGACCCCCUGGACCCCCUGGGAAGGCAGGACCACCUGGGCCCAAGGGAGCACCUGGGGAGCCCCAGCCGUGCCUGACAGGCCCACGCACCUGCAAGGACCUGCGGGACCGGGGGUACUUCCUGAGCGGCUGGCACACCGUCUACCUGCCCGACUGCCGGCCCCUGACCGUGUUGUGUGACAUGGACACGGACGGAGGGGGCUGGACCGUUUUCCAGCGGAGGAUGGACGGCUCCGUGGACUUCUACCGGGACUGGGCCGCGUACAAGCAGGGCUUUGGCAGUCAGCUGGGGGAGUUCUGGCUGGGGAAUGACAACAUCCACGCCCUGACCGCCCGGGGAACCAGUGAGCUCCGCGUAGACCUGGUGGACUUUGAGGACAACCACCAAUUUGCCACGUACAGAUCCUUCCAGAUGGCGGGCGAGGCGGAGAAGUACAGGCUGGUCCUGGGGGCCUUUGUGGAGGGCAGUGCGGGUGAUUCCCUGACGUCCCACAACAACCAGUCCUUCUCCACUAAAGACCAGGACAAUGACCUUCACGCCCAAAGCUGUGCCGUGAUGUACCAGGGAGCCUGGUGGUACAAAACGUGCCACGUGUCAAACCUGAAUGGUCGCUACCUCGGCGGGGCCCAUGACAGCUUCGCAAAGGGCAUCAACUGGAAGUCGGGAAGAGGGUACAACUACAGCUACAGGGUGUCGGAGAUGAAGCUGCGGCCCGCCUAGCCCGGUGGGCGCGGGGUCAGGACGCCCCGCACGCUGGUGGGGGUGGGGUCGGGAGCUCAGCCCUCGGGUUCGUAAAAGAAACACGUGUUGUGAUUC